CAUGCAGUGUGUUGGAUGCUGCCAACGUGGCGAAAUCCACCAGUGCUUUUCCCUCACUGCAUGCGACCCGUUGUUUAGAAGAGAUUUGCAGAUUUUGACUAGCGUCCGUCAGCGUGUGCGCAUCCACUGGCAGUACUUGGAAAUGCCUUGGAAAUGGCGCUGGGGAGCGAGAUUGGAGGCAGAACGCAGCUGCUACUGGAUCAGUCACCUGAAUAAGUAAUUAGUCAGAGCCUGAGUCAAUUGAGUGAAUUCCUCAGUCUAACUACUACUUCGAAGUAGUAUCUUGAGCAAAGGUUUGAGAGAAGAAACACGUGCUGAUUAUAAAUAAUUUACUAUCAACGAUGGGCCUCUUCCUUGCUCGCUUGAAGAAGGUGUUUGACGGCAACACUCAAGCUCGAAUUCUGAUGCUGGGUCUGGAUGCAGCAGGCAAAACAACAAUCCUCUACAAGUUAAAGUUCAAACCCCCCAUUCCCCAAAUUAGCUUUAAUGUGGAGACAGUUGAGCCAAUGGAGGGCCUGACAUUCACGGUAUGGGACGUUGGUGGACAGGACAAGAUUCGACCACAGUGGCAUCACUACUUCAAGGGGACGGAAGGACUGAUCUUUGUAGUGGACAGCGCCGACAGCUCGAGAUUUGCCGAAGCACGUGCCGAGUUGCACUCAAUCCUAGACUCGGAGGAGAUGCGAGGUGUGCCGUUAAUAGUUUAUGCCAACAAGCAGGAUCUGCCGAAUGCUGCUCCACCGUCUGUCCUUAUAGAGAAGUUACAGCUUAGCAAGCUUUCUGGUCACCAGUGGUAUAUGCAGGCGACGUGUGCUACAAACGGUGAUGGUCUCUGCGAAGGUAUUCAGAAAUUCAGUCAGUUAGUGAAAGACUUCAAACGCACAAGGAACUAGUCAUUGUACAGAGAGACGGAUUGAUUUCAACAAAGUCAUCAGCUGACAAUGCCUGCAGUUCAGGCAUAAAGUAAAGUUAGCCGGAUUCGCGGCCGCAUCACCUGACGUGUUUAGGAACACACCAAGCAAAUACAUUGGCAUCGGCGGCCCACCACUUCGACCACAUCCUCAGUGUCGAAUGCAGACCUCACAAGUGAGUCAGGGGAGAGGGGAUACGUCUCUCAACAAGCGGGCCUAUCAAAAGGCCCUAUAACCCCAUAAACCGCAUCCUUGUUGCCCUCACACCCAGCAAGUGAGUACCCAGUUCACCGUGGGUGUUGGGACAGUUCAUUGCAUUUAAAAUCAGUGGCACUCGCCCGCAUCACCGCGAUUGAGAGAGCACUAAACACACUCCCUGUUACCAGCGCAGGUUUGAACUCGGCACCUCCUGAUUCGCAGGCAAGCCUACAAAGUACAAACCAAUCGGCUAUACGCGUUGGUCAGGCGUAAGAACGUGCAAUGAUACUCAGUAAAGUCUUGAUGCUAUUGGUGAAAUGUAGUUUGCUGACUUGAUGAUGCUCAAUAGUAGUAUGCACAUAAGGUAUGUGUGCACUAGAAAUAUUUGAAGUAGCCAAAGGGAAUGAAACCAAUUGUUUCCAACCAGAACUUUUUGAACUGAAUAUAUCCAUAGUGCAUUCACGCCGGUACGUGUGCUUUUUUGAUAUGAUAUUCACGAUUUUUCUAGUGCGGUUUCCAUUCAUGUGUGAUCUCAUUCUUGUGUACGUUUCCGAUCGGACAUUACUGUAUGAUUUGAGUUUAGCUAUGCUCUUUUUUUUUUUAAAUCAGUUGAUGCUUCAAGUACCUUUCAUAUGUUGUAAUUAUAUAACCCAUGAACAUCCAAAAGAUACACCCCAGCAGUGUGGAUAUGCUGGAAACAAAGUCUUGAUCCACUCAGAUUUGUUGUUGUUGUUGUUGUUGUUGUUGUUGUUGUUGUUGUUGUUGUUGUUGUUGUUGUUGUUGUUGUUGUUGUUGUUGUUGUUGUUGUCGUCGUCGUUGUUGUUGUGAUGCCAUGACGUUUCUCAGCCUGAGACGAUUUAUUUCAUAGUGCUCAUCAGUCACGAUCAGUGUCACUCUGAAAUGAACUUUUUUGUUUGUGGUAUGUGCACCGGUAA